AUGCCCGCGGACCCUGCCCUGCCGGUGCAUUGUCCCCACAACCAUCCCGCUCUGGCUUCCCAGCCUGCGCCUCCGACAGCGCCGUGCAGCGCCGCCUCCAGUAUGAAGGCCGCCGCCUUCCUGCUCUUGUUGGGCGCGACCCUCGUCGCCGCGAUCCCAGGGGCGCCGCUGCAGAGCGUCGUGGACGUCGAGUCGCUGCACGUCUCCGACUUCGCCGUGACGAAGAUCAAUGAGGCCACCCCCGUGGAGGACGGCGAACCUGCCCCACAGCUGGAGCUUGUCCAGGUGCUGAACGCCACCAAGCAGGUGGUGGCUGGAUGGAAGUUCAGCCUGGUGCUGUUGGUCCAAGCUGGCGAAGCAAAGGCCAUUAUGUCAGCAGUCGUUUACGUGCCUGCUGUUGGGGACGCCCAGCUCAUGGAUCAUGAUGUGGUCACUGGUGAUGAUAUUGUUCCUGAAGAUAUCAAAGAUAUCAGGGAGUACCAGCAGUUCAGUGUCGUUGAUGAGGAAGUCAAGGCCGCUGCGGAUGCAGCGGUCGAGAAGACCAACGCACGCUCCAACUCCCUGGUGCGCACAGAGCUGGAUGGCGUUUUGGACGCCUGGUGCAAGGUCGCCAGUGGGCAAGGCACCACCUGCAGGCUUGACCUCAGCCUGAUGAGGGGCCAGGAGGAGAGCUAUGUUGAGGUGGUUAUGAACAGGAACCUAACAACUGGAUGGAGGGUAAUGUCCAUGGGCGAGGUGCCAGUUCCAGUCACGUGA